AUGCCUGGUCGCUCACUACACAGCGUAGAACCCAUCGCAGCAGCGGCAGCCGCUGACGGUUUCUCUAGUCGCUUCCUCGCCGACACCCCCAGCAGCGUGUCAACAUCCCCCCCAGCUGCCCUCUUCUUCUUUGCAUGCGCGGACUCGCAGUUGCUGCGGGCUGCUGCCGAGCCAGGAGGGUUGCAGCAAGCAGCCUUACAAGCAGCUGCCCUAAUGCCUUCUCCGCCAUCGCAGCAGCUGCUCGUAACAGCGGUCAUCUUAGGCGGCACUAUUCCUGCGGUGAGGCUCGCUGCAGAAAUAGCGGAGGCAGCCAUGGGCCCACCAGCACCGACAACGCCACACUCUGCAACGACAACAACCUCUUCCUCCGCCUCACGUUUCGCUGCAGCACCUUCUCCCGUUUUCUCGCAGCACGGGCACCAACACCAGCAGCAACUCUCCGCAGCUCUCCUGUGUGCUGUUUCUCCAGGACCUUGCCGGGUGGAAGCUAACUUGCUGCUGCAGGAAGUUCAGCCUCGCAUGCUAAUCUGCGGGCGACCAGCUGCAGAAGACAGCGGAGCGGCAACUGCCGAAACAGCAGUGGCGAAGGAUCGACCUAAGCUAGUGACUCCCCUAAUGCUCCUGCCCGCUUCUUUUUUCGGCGGCUGCGAUUCGGUGCUGCUGCAGCGGCAGGAUCUCAUAGCUGUGGCCGCGACGGAGAGGGUCCUGCCCCUCUUUAGACUGACUUACAGUUAG